AUGCCCUCCGCGAAGGAUUUACUCCGUAGGUGGCAGAGGGAGGACGCAGCGGCCCAUGAUCACUCUUCGGGUGACCUGGAUGACGACAACCUGAGGCUCUCCAUGUGGGACGAUUCGCCCCUGAACCUUUCCUUGGUGGCGGUGAAAUGGGGGGUGCGAAAACGCGAGGCGCUCGCGCUACGGCAGGUGAGAUUCGCGGGACUUCAGGACGUUGAGGACAUCAUGGGGAGUAUCGAGAGCCAAUAUGAGACGGAGGAGGGAGAUAACGACCCCGCGAGCCUCGUCAUCGCACUGCGACGCCUACCGCAACGACCCGACGGUUAUUUCAAGGGUGCUCCGCUUCGGGCGGUCGUCAUCCGAGCUCUGCUCAGUCUCGGCGUCGCGAUGGAACACUGUGAGGAAGGGUUUCGAAGCGCGACGAGAUGGUGCACGAGCGAUCCGGUGUGUACCCUCGCAUCCCCGAUCCGUGCGCUGGGCAAGGUGGGUGGAAGCACCGCGCGCUGCGUCUCCCCGGUCGCUAGGAUCACGUGGGGUGUGGCGUCAGCAGCGGCGCGUGCCGUGAGGCUGGCGACCAGGAAGUCGAGGGCGCUGGCGAGGCUCGCAGUCAUGCCGCCGAGAUCACCGAGAGGGUCACCGGAUGCGGCAGCUAGGGCGAGGGACGCCGCGAGAUCGGCGAGGGAUGCCGGGUUGGCCAUGGCAAGCGCACUUGGGGCAAUCAACGCAGCACCAGCGGCGGCGGCGGCGGCGGAGGAGGAGGAGGAGGAGGAGGACGAGUGGGCUAGCGACAAGGAGAACGAGACAAAUGCCAUGAUCAUGAGUGCGGUCAAGGCCAAACUGAGCUCUCCGAGGCGACUCGAGCGCAUGUUCGCGUCGGAUGCUUCGAACAGGGUGUACUCGCCCCAGACGUGGAAUGGUAAAAGGAGAAAGCUGUCAGGCUUGGCCGCUGCCGCGGGUGUGGGCAGUCCGCGAGGUUCGCAGAUUCAGGGAAUUCGCGCUUGA